AUGUCAGUUGCAAUUGGCUUAGCUGCAUGUGCCGUAUCUUCCCUAUUUUUUGGCUCAAUGUUUGUCCCUUUAAAAACAGUCGAUCCAAGAGAUGGAAUAUUCGCCCAGUGGCUGAUGUCGAUCUCGAUUUUGCUUGUUGGAUUUGGCGCGUUUUGCUACGCUGGAUUUCCGGGUUUUUAUCCACUUUCAAUGUUGGGUGGAGCAUCGUGGUGUUUGGGUGAGGAAAAUAAUUAUUAGAAAAUUGUUUGUAGUGGAGUUUUGAUUUUCUUUUGAAUUUCAAUCUUGAAGUUAACUUUUUUAAAUACAUCUGAAAAUAUUAAAUCUUUAAACUUAUUCAAUUUAGUUUUUUUUUCAUAUCUAGAAAAUAGAAAAGAAUUGUCAUUUUCCAAAAAUUUGCAAAAAAAUAAAAAGAAAACAACGAGACUCCGCGUUGACGACAGCCCGCGUGGUUUGAAUUAGUGUUUUUUUGCAAUGGGUUUCCAUAUUUCGGCUCUCGCUAGACAACAAUAAAACUAGGCGAAUACCAAGAAUUGGGGUUUUUCGAAAAAUUUUCAAAAACCAGCACUAUUUUUGUGUCCAAACAUCAAACACUGUUUUGAUGAUCAAAUAAUAUUUUGUGACAAGGUUUAUCAAUGCAAAUUUUGAUGUUUGUUCAAAAAAUAUAUAGUUCAAAAGCACUUUAAAAAAGUCAAAAAUUCUAGGUAAUGCGACCGCAAUUCCAAUCAUUUCUCGACUUGGUAUGGCAAUUUCAAUCCUCAUCUGGAACACAACAAAUUGUAUAACUGGUUGGGCUGGCGGACGAUUUGGUCUUUUCGGAAUGAAUCCAUCAGUUCCAGCAAGUCCAAUGCUCAAUUAUCUCGGUCUCAUUUGUGUUGUUGUUGGUGGAACACUUUUCUCUCGUGUCAAAAGUACACCGAAACAAUUGAAAUCGUCAACUUUGAAACUCGAUGAUUUACCGGAAAAAGAGGCGAUGCUAUCUGAAACUGAAACUGGAACAGGAUCAGGAAAUGCAAUCGAAGUGGAUGUUUCGAGUGGUGGAAGAAUUGGUGCGGUUGUGGCGGCUUUGGUGGCUGGCGUGUUUUAUGGAAUGAAUUUUGUGCCGGUGAUUUAUAUGAUUGACAAUCCUGUCAAGUUUCCGAAUCAACCAUCUGAUGGUUUUAGCUACGUUUUUUCGCAUUAUUUUGGGAUUUUUAUAACAUCCACCAUUCUGUUUGUUUUCUAUGCAAUUUUCAAGUGAGUUUUUUAGGUGAGAAACUUCCAAAAGAUAUUUUUUUUGCAGAAAAAAUAAACCCUACGUGACUCCUGAAUUAUGUCUUCCUGGUAUCGCCUCUGGCCUUCUUUGGGCUGUCGCACAAACCUCGUUUUUCAUCGCAAAUCAGAAUUUGUCACAAACCGUCACAUUUCCAAUAAUAUCUCAAAUGCCUGGUUGCAUCGCAGCUGCUUGGAGUAUUUUCUAUUACAAGGAAAUUGAGGGAAAACGAAAUUUCAUGAUUUUGGGAUGCGCUAUGAGUGUAACUAUUUGUGGAGCGAUUCUUGUUGGAUUAUCGAAAGCCAUUGAAUUAUAA